GCUAAAUUCCAAGGCGUAGCAUUUCAGGAUCAAAGGCCCAUCCCCGGAGUCAGGGCCAUGCUCAUGUUCAUGGCCUCUGACAGCGAGGAGGAAGUGUGUGAUGAGAAGACCUCCCUGAUGUCGGCUGAGAGCCCCACGCCACUCGCCCGCCAGGAGGGCAGACAGGGCCCCGAGGACGGCAAGAACACCACCCAGUGGAGAAGCCAGGAAGGCGAGGAGGACUGUGAGGAGGACCCCGACCGCUAUGUCUGCAGCGGCGUGCCUGGGCGGCCCCCCGGCCUGGAGGAAGAGCUGACUCUCAAAUAUGGGGCAAAGCACGCGAUCAUGCUGUUUGUGCCCGUCACGCUGUGCAUGGUCGUGGUGGUGGCUACCAUCAAGUCCGUGCGCUUCUACACUGAGAAGAACGGACAGCUCAUCUACACACCCUUCACGGAAGACACACCCUCAGUGGGCCAGCGCCUCCUCAACUCCGUGCUCAACACCCUCAUCAUGAUCAGCGUCAUCGUGGUCAUGACCAUCUUCCUGGUGGUGCUGUACAAGUACCGCUGCUACAAGUUUAUCCAUGGCUGGUUGAUCAUGUCCUCCCUGAUGUUGCUCUUCCUCUUCACCUACAUCUACCUCGGGGAGGUGCUCAAGACGUACAACGUGGCCAUGGACUACCCCACCCUCUUCCUGACCAUCUGGAACUUCGGGGCGGUGGGCAUGGUGUGCAUCCACUGGAAGGGCCCCCUCGUCCUGCAGCAGGCCUAUCUCAUCAUGAUCAGCGCACUCAUGGCCUUGGUGUUCAUCAAGUACCUCCCGGAGUGGUCCGCCUGGGUCAUCCUGGGAGCCAUCUCUGUGUAUGAUCUUGUGGCUGUGCUGUGCCCCAAGGGGCCGCUGCGGAUGCUGGUGGAGACUGCCCAGGAGAGAAACGAGCCCAUCUUCCCUGCCCUGAUAUACUCAUCUGCCAUGGUAUGGAUGGUGACCAUGGCCAAGCCGGACCCCUCCUCCCAGGGAGCCCUCCAGCUCCCCUACGAUCCAGAGAUGGAGGAUGACUCCUACGACAGUUUGGGGGAGCCUUCAUACCCAGAGGUCUUUGAACCUCCGCUGCCUGGCUACAUGGGGGAGGAACCAGAAGAAGAGGAGGAAAGGGGCGUGAAGCUGGGCCUCGGGGACUUCAUCUUCUACAGCGUGCUGGUCGGCAAGGCGGCAGCCACGGGCAGCGGGGACUGGAACACCACCCUGGCCUGCUUCGUGGCCAUCCUGAUCGGUUUGUGCCUGACCCUCCUGCUGCUGGCUGUGUUCAAGAAAGCGCUGCCUGCCCUCCCCAUCUCCAUCACCUUCGGCCUCAUCUUCUACUUCUCCACAGACAACCUGGUCCGCCCGUUCAUGGACACCCUGGCCGCCCACCAGCUCUACAUCUGACCCGAGGGGCAGUGCUCGGGCUGGCAGCCAGGAGGAAUUGCAACUCGACGCAGCAGUUGUAUAGUUUUACACUCUAGUGCCAUAUAUAUUUUUGAGACUUUUCUUUCCUUAAAAAACAAAGAAGGAAGUGAGUGGAAAAAGGGCAUCGUGUUCACUCUGUGAAGAUGCACAGGUGGUGGAGCCCGUGGUUGCUGUCGCCAGGCUUUGGCUCACCCCGCCGUCAGCACUCAGCUGCACUGGCAGGAAACACAGACACAUCCGGUGAACUGGGAAGGGUUACCCGAUGCAAGGAGGCGACCAGGAGAAAGGACACCUGUGUGCGCUUCCCAGCCUGGAGUGCUCUGAGGGCCAGAGUGAAGGGACCAGGAGCACCUGUUUGGGACACGUGACUGAGCACCCGACGCUCUGGCCAGGGAAGAUGAGCCAUUUUUUUUUACCCCUGCCACAAAUGUCCCCUGUGCUUUGUGUGUGAUGUCAUUGUUAUUUUAUUACCUCUAGAAGCAGAGUCCUGUUCUUGUGACAGCAAGUUCCUGCUGGAUAGCUUACUAUCCAUAUCAAUAAAUGGAUGAAUCCCCCCGGG